AGCACGCGGGUGCGCGCACGCGCGGUCCCGCUGGGCUGUGUGGAAGUUUCCCUGCAAGUUGAGAAACACAGGAGGAGUGAGUGGAGCGGCGGGAGUCAGCGGGAUAAUCGACACACAGAAGACAACAAACUGGGAUGGAAGCGAACAUUUAGUGAAGUUUCGUGUGUGACUGAGCCGCUGGAGCUUGUUGGUGUUCGCGCGCUCACCUUAGUGGAGAAGACGUCACCGGCAGACUGGAGUUGUUGGUGGACCUUUGACCAGCAGCUCACUGGAAACUGGAAAAGACGUCACUGGCGGACUCACUAUCAGCCCCCUCCCCCCCCCUCUUUGAACCCAGGCAGCCUCUAUGCUCAUCAACCUGACUCUGGCCGUCAAGGAGUCUCGUGCCUUUCAUGGAACACAGCCUGCCCCUGACGCCGUGGAAGUGACAGCCAUGGAUCCGCGUCCGGUGCUGGCAGCCCCUCCGCCGCCUCCGCCUCCCCCUCCUCCGCCGCCACCUCCACCUGCGCCCUCCUCCUCCUCGUCCUCCUCCUCGCCGUUCAGUCGUGCCGAUGUCGCGCGCCGGAGCCGGCUGAGGAAGCUGAACUGGGAGCGUAUCCCCAAAGAGAAGGUGGAGGGGAGGAAGAGCGUGUGGAGCGGGGCGGCCCAGGGCGAGGACGAGUUCCCCAUAGAUCUCCAUUCUUUGGAUGAGCUGUUUGGUCAGAAGGACAGCAAGCCUCAGGACAGAACCAGCACCCUGAGACGCAGGUCGGCUCUGCUGCGCUGCAGGUCCCCCCAGGACACCUCGGAAGAGAUCUCCCUGCUGGACUCCAAACGCAGUAUGAACAUUGGAAUAUUUCUACGCCAGUUCAAGACGCCCGCUAAGGAGAUAGUUGAGGAUAUCAGGCAGGGUGUCGGGGACCGUUACGGCGCAGAGAAGCUCACAGAGCUCUGCAAACUUCUGCCCGACAACGAGGAGGAGUCUCGCCUGAGGAGGUUCGGCGGGGAGCGGAGCUGGCUCGGAGAGCCUGAUCUUUUCAUGCUGCUGCUGGUGGAAGUCCCCAGUUUUCGGCUUCGUCUGGAUGCCAUGAUCCUGCAACAAGAGUUUGAUCCAGCUGUGACCUCUCUGUGUGUGGCAGCCAGAUGUCUGAGGGAGGCGGCCAGAGAGCUGCUGAGCUGCCCUGAAUUGCACUCCAUCCUCCGUUUGGUGCUGAAGGCGGGGAACUACAUGAAUGCAGGUGGAUACGCAGGGAAUGCUGCUGGUUUCCGGAUUUCGUCGCUGCUGAAACUGGCUGACACCAAAGCCAACAAGCCGGGCAUGAAUCUGCUGCAUUUUGUUGCCAUGGAAGCUGUGAAAAAGGACCAGAGUUUACUGUCGUUUCCCGGCCAACUAGGCCAUGUUGGCUCCGCCUCGAGGUUGUCGGAGGAGUCGGUGCUGGAGGACUUGUCCAAGUUAAAAAGCAGAGUGGUGGCCCUCAAGGCAAACAUCCAGACGGAGGGAGAGAUUCAGCAGCACACACAACCUUUCCUAGAGGUGGCUGAGGAGCGUCUGAAGGAGGCAGAGGACGAGGUGGAGGGCAUGAGGAUGUCUAGUCAGGCUCUGGUGGAGUUCUUCUGUGAAGAUGACAGCACUUUCAAACUAGAGGAGGCGUGCAGGGUCUUCAAUUCUUUUUGCCAUCGCUUCCAAAAAGCUGUCCAGGAGAAUGCCGAGCGUGAGCUGAAGGAACAGAAACGUCUGGAGCGUCAACGCGAGAUCGGGGAAAAGCGUCGCUCUCUGGCCGUGUGUACAGGGUUGGAUUUGGGCCUGAGUCUUGCAAAAGAGCCUCAAGGUCAGGAGAACCAAGAUGAGCUGGAGAAACUCCUCGAGAGGAACUUGAGCCACACUUGGAGUCGGCGCAGCCUGAGAAGUUCCGAGUCCCGCAGACUUUCCCAUCACCUCCACAACAAUACCAAUCUCCAGAACUCUUCCCCGCUCAAGAGCUUCCCUGAGCUUGGCAGCAGCCCGACAUCAACCAGUUAUCACUCUAACAGCUCCUCUGACCACGAGACCACCGCCGUGCUUUGUAGCUCCCCGGAGACCGACGGCACGUGUUCCCCCACAGACCAAGAACCUGCUCUGGUUAGAAGGAGCAGGUCUCUGCACAGCAGAACAACUUUCCGGAGCAUGGACACCGCUCAGGAUUCGCCCGUUGCUACGUUUAGCCAUUCUCAGCAGGGACGGAGCUUCAUGGUGAAGCAACACGGGCCUGAGAGCAUUUCUUAUAUGCUGCAAGGUCAACCGAAGGCAACGGGACUUCAGAAAGAAGCCGAGGCUUCACAUGAACAUAUUGUUUCCAUGACCACUGAAUCUUCCUCCAGUCCCUGUACAAACGCUGCUGCUACACCCACUGGAACACCUGCCGCUUGUGUUAAAAGCCAGACCUCCACUCAAAGACAUCGGUUUGGACUUCCUGUGACAGACAAUACUCGCCCUGUUCAGAGUAAAUCUAAUAGCUCCUGUUUUGAUGAGUCUGCACCUCACCCUCUUCGUACAAGUGGAAUACUUUGUCAUGGUGAUACCAAGGCUGGGCCGUUGAGUUACCAGACACGCGAGAGCCAAUCACAGUCACCUGUAAAAGCUCCGGAGAGGGUCCAGUCACAACCACAGGUGAGAGAGACACCCACCAUCACAACAAGUACCAUGAUGCCUGAUGCAGGUUUAACAAAGCAGACCGAGGAGGCGUCCAGGCCUGUGAAGGAGAACUGGAUACCAUCCAGUCUACCGGAGUUCAGCAAAUCACAGCCAGAAGAGUACUCUGACCUGCCAAGUCCUGAAAGGGAGACAGCAAGGCCAUACUCGCGUGUGGGCGAAACACUGGAGUGCCACACUCUAGUGAAAGGCCUCCGAUCCUAUGAUGCCUUGUCACCCCCAUCCUCCCCACUCCCACGACCCGCUCCGAGCCUAUGCUCCAAGUGGAGGAAAGAGAGGGAGGGUGACCUUCGAGAGGGGACGACGCCAGGGUCUCCUACAUCAAAGGACGAGGCUCGAACCAUGAAGAUCCCUGUGCGUAGUGGAAUAGGGGCCAAAAGGGGACUUGUGUCACGCGCAGGACCUUCCAAUAGCACAGGCAUUCCCAGGGUGCGCUCCAAAACUGAGCAUUCAAAUGGAGCCCCGACCCCUGCUAACCCACCCGCUCCCAGCCGGCUGUCUGCCCCCCGCAGCAUAUCCAAGCGGCCUGCCGCCAUUCAGUCAGAGGUGAAGCGCAGUAACAGCACACGGGAGAGGACCGUCAGUGAGACACAGACUCCAGGAAAGCCCACUUUGACCCGCAGGACCUCGGACAGAUCCUUACCAGAGAAGGCCUCGGGCAGCGCCCAGCCAGCCUUCGUCAGAGGAUCUCCUCUACGUGUGUCAAAGCGACUCGCCCCCAACUCUGAGACUCAGGCGCCCUCUCAGCCUCGCAGCGCCCACAGCCCGUCCUCUGCCACGGCCAAGACCAUUCGCACGGCCGUCAUAUCUGCUGCCCGAAGUAAAACUGCCAAGACGACAAGCACAAGCACCUCUCCCGCAAGCUCUAAAAUCCCCACAGCUUCACGGAUACCUGGUCCCAAAAUGCCUCGAGCUGCUGCAGCGCAGCCGACGUGGAGGUGAUGGAAGUGAAUAAUUGCCUGAACUUUUCUUUCUUUCACGCUAUUCAUGCCUUUACGGAUUUCAGUCUAAUAUAUAAAGUGUGGCAGUUCAUGAAAAGUGUGAGCCAUCAGUUAGAUUUCUGGUCUAAAUCCAACUUUUAUUACACUUUUUGGGUAGUUCUGAGUGCUUAGGUUCUACAUAUGUGAGAGGGAGCUGCGCUGGGAGCAUCGGGGACAUCUCGUAGAUCCUCCAAAUCCUACCUCUUUUUACACUUGUCUGUGUCCUUUGCAGGCAAUAGGACGCCAUAAAAAUACCCACGUUACAGCUACUUUUCAUAUGUAGAACAGCUUAAUUCACGUCAGUACAACUCAACCCGGUGACAUUACUUUGUGCUUAGUCCGUACAAGUGCGCUUUGAAAGAAUUGUAAUUUGGGACACUGUUUUCAGUCUGUCUAGCACGGAGGAGAAAAAAAAACUUUCCUUUUUUUUUAUUUUAGGAAGUCAUCCAAAUGUUUUGAAUGCUGUGACCCUUCCACUAAGUGAUCCUUGUGUUCUCACACUUGGCUGUCUUACAGAACUGAACUUUGGUACAAUAUGAACUGCUCAUCCUCUCGUUGAGAGGCCUCGUCGUUCUGAUGCACUUUACAAACUGAAGAAGAGGCCGUGGCGAGAUGGUUACUGUACUAUAAAAAUGUUUGUCAUUUUUAUUUGAUGUUAAAAAAAAGAUUCUAUAAUUUUAUUGAAUAGCAUCGGUUGUUAUUCACUGUAAUAUUUUGGAUUUAUAAAAAGGAGGAGACAAAUAAAGAGGGUGAUCUGAGUGUCUGUA